AUGCAGAAGGUGGGGGCCGCUGCCCGGAGGGCCUCCGACACAGCCCUCACCCCACACAGGUCAAGGGGCAUCACGAAGUUUGCCCAGUACGUGGGCUCCUUUACUGUAGAUGACCUGGGGCUUCAGGAGAAAGUGUGGAGGGUCCAGCAGCAGCUAUGGGCCUUGAAGGACUGCCCUAGGCGCAGAGCCGUGAUCCUAAAGUUCAGUCUUCAGGGCCUUAAGAUCUACAGUGCUGAGGGGGAGACCCUCCUGAUGGCUCAUGCCCUGAAGCGGAUCCUCUACUCCACCUGGUGCCCAGCUGAAUGCCAGUUUGCCUUCAUCUCCCGGAACCCACGGAGCCCUGCCAACAAGCUCUUCUGUCAUUUGUUUGCAGGCAGCCAGCCUGGGGAGGUCCAGAUCCUCCACCUGCUGCUCUGCCGUUCCUUUCAGCUCUCCUACCUCUUGCAGCACCCUGAGGAUCAUGCCCAGCCUGGACCAGGGCCACCUGCGGAGGAGCCCCCCAGGCCACUGCCCAGCCCCGGGGGUCCUGCCGGGUUGAUCAGGGAGCCCUUCGGCCGGGAUCAGGUCUCUCAAAAUGUCCACGCCCUGGUCUCCUUCCGGCGGCUGCCAGCCCCAGCCGAUGGGCCGACAGGCAGCUCGAAGGAAACGUCGGAGGCAGAAGGACGAGGGGUCUCGGCCCGCCACUCCCGCCUGGGGAACCCUUACUGCUCCCCGACCCUUGUGCGAAAGAAGGCGAUUCGGAGCAAGGUGAUCCAUUCGGGGGCCUAUCGCUGCUGUACCUACGAAACCCAGCUGCAGCAGUCUGCACGGGAGGCCUUUCCCGCUGCCUGGGAGAGGUGGGCCCAGGGGGCCAGUGGCCUGGCCUGCCUGGUGGAGAGCGAGGGAAGCCUGACCGAGAACAUCUGGGCCUUCGCCGGCCUCUCUAGGGCCCGGGCACUCUCCCUGCUCCGAAGAGAUGUCCUUGGGGCCUUUCUGCUGUGGCCCGAGGCUGGUCCCGGUGGCCAGUGGUGCCUGUCAGUGAAGACUCAGUGUGGUGUGGUCCCCCAUCAGAUCUUCAGGACUAACUUGGGCAAGUUCAGUGUGGAACAUCUGCCCACAGAGUUCCCCAGCCUGGAGGCCUUGGUGGAGCACCAUUCAGGAGCUGAGCGGAGCCUUUUCUGUCCCCUGGACAUGGGACGUCUGAACCCCUGCUAUGAAGCACAGGACUAUGGGCCCAGCCGGCCUCCAUGGCCCCGGGGCCACCCCAAGCAAGAGGCCCGGCAGCAAGAACUGGGCUAA